AACUAAAUGCACAUUUGUCCCAUUUAAUGCUCCGCACAGUUACCACAGCGGAUGGUACAUAAAACAUAGCGGAAUGGAAUUUUUUGUAAACAUGAGAGAGCUUUCUCGCUGUGCGUAGUUGUCCCAAUUGUGCUUCCCCCUUCUAGCCGCUCCCUUUUUCCCUCCCGCUGCUUGCACACACUAACCGCGAGCACUGCGGCGGCGUAACUAGCGCAACGGGCGACAGAGAAGCUUCCAAUUUGUCCAGCUUUUCCCCUAUCAGAGUUGUUCGCCCUGUUAAAAUUGACAAUAAUAAGUAAAGGGUGAGCGCCACACAGGUGUAUGUUGUAUGGUGCACGGUGUAACGCAGGCAAAGAGAGUCCUGAGCUACACUACUCACCCGCGACACUCCAACAUGGAGGACUUCCUAACCAAGCUGAAGAAAAUAUCCGAGCAGUACAACAACCUGCUGCUGGAAAAGAAGAUAAUCGACAAGCGGAUCGCGAACAUCGGAGAGAACAUACGCAAGUAUGAAGAGACGAGGGAGAAGUCCCUGGAGGACGUGGAGCUGAAGAAAAACCAGCUGUUAAAGAACAAAAAUAAACACAUAAUCAUGUGCCAGAAAAUGGAACAGCUAAACGGAAAGCUGAACGAAAUACUCAUAAGAAAGCAAAGCAUAGAUGAUGAUGAAGAAAAAAAAGUCAUAAACAAACAAAUCCACACAGUUAACAACACAUACGUUUUGCUCAAGCAUGUCCAAAAUUUAAAUGACGCAAUGCUCAAGGACGAAGGCAAUCGCUACUAUAAGUUAAUUACAGAAAAUAUACAUAGCAAAAGCUUCAGCAAUAGGAAAACGCUGAACAUACUAAACAGCUUCUUGCGCAAAAGUCGGGCCAACAUCCAGGAGAGGGGCAGCGAAGGGGCGAAGUCCUCAACACCCCCCGCCGCUAUCCACUCCGCAAAUUAUUUUAAAAUCAUUCAAACGAACGACAUUGUCCAAAAGCUGCUGGACCUCUUUUCGGGAGACCACACCGCCCUAACGAUCGAUAAGCAGCAAUUCCUGUUUGUCCUCCUGAUGAACGUUUUGCGCAAAAUCGCCUGCGCCAGCGAAAUGGCCAUUCCUCCUGAGGACUGCAACUCGAGGCACCACGUGAUUUACAAUUUUCUGCACAACAAGUAUAUACUCCACUUGUGAGUCAUCCG